CGGUCGUCAUAUUCAAAGAAGAAGGGGUCAAAUUUAGGGAAGAGAAGAGGAAGAAGAAGAGAAAAGGAUUUGAAACAUCAAACGCCGAUCCGCCCUUCUCUACCGUACAUCUCUCGGCUGUGCUGGAAGCCCACCCCCUCCCCCUGUGUUCCCAUUUGCCAUUUCAGAUCUACCCCCCUUUCACUUCUUUCUCUCUCUCUCUCUCUCUCUCUCGCUCGAGCGCAUUCACGCAUUGCACAUACAGACAGCUGGAGAAUACAACCCACAUCACAUGGCCUCCUCCAGUUACUUGACAUAGAGAAAGAGGGACCUUAAUUUUGGAAGAAAAGCAUAAAUUGACACAAGUCUCUUUCUCUCUCCACUCCCUUCUUGGAAUCAUCCUCCAUCCCUCACCGUCUUCAUCGUAACAGCUUCUAUUCCUCGUCUUAUUCUUAACCCAUUGCAUCUAUCAAGUUGUUCGGUUCCUCCAUUUGAGAUCUAUUAGAGAAUCACCUCCCCCUCCCUCUCUGUAAUUUCUGCGUGCGUGGAGGGGCGGAUCUUUCCCCAUUCUACUUGAGAAUAUGGAAGCGGAGAAGAAAUCUGCCAUGGUGUCCGACGUUGGAGCAUGGGCGAUGAACGUCGUCAGCUCUGUGGGAAUCAUCUUGGCCAACAAGCAGCUCAUGUCCAACAAUGGCUACUCUUUCAGCUUUGCUACGACAUUAACUGGAUUCCAUUUUGCUGUGACGGCACUAGUGGGAAUGAUUUCGAACGCCGCUGGCCUCUCUUCAUCAAAGCAUGUUCCUUUGUGGGAGCUUAUUUGGUUUUCAAUUGUUGCUAAUAUGUCUAUUACAGGGAUGAACUUCAGUCUCAUGCUCAAUUCAGUUGGAUUUUAUCAGAUCUCAAAAUUGAGUAUGAUUCCAGUGGUAUGUGUAAUGGAGUGGAUCCUUCAUAAUAAGCAUUAUUGCAGGGAGGUUAAAAUGGCUGUUGUGGUGGUUGUCAUUGGAGUGGGUGUUUGCACUGUGACUGAUGUCAAAAUUAAUGCCAAAGGUUUUAUUUGCGCUUGUGUAGCAGUGCUUUCUACCUCAUUGCAACAAAUUUCCAUAGGUUCCUUGCAGAAGAAGUACUCAAUUGGAUCUUUUGAAUUGUUGAGCAAAACAGCUCCAAUUCAAGCUGCCUCUCUCCUUGUGCUGGGUCCUUUUGUUGACUAUUUUCUUUCUGAAAAACUAAUAUUAGAAUACAAGUAUUCUUCUGGUGCUAUUUUCUUUAUACUCCUUUCAUGUUCUCUAGCUGUGUUCUGCAACAUGAGUCAAUAUCUUUGCAUUGGACGUUUCUCGGCGGUUUCCUUCCAGGUUUUAGGUCACAUGAAGACAGUGUGCGUUCUCACUUUGGGGUGGCUGCUCUUUGAUUCUGAGCUGACUGUGAAGAAUAUCUUGGGAAUGCUUACUGCAGUUGUUGGCAUGGUAAUUUAUAGUUGGGCUGUGGAGAUAGAAAAACAGCAGGCCAAUGCAAAGAUCGUGCCCAACUCAAAAAACAGCUUGACAGAAGAGGAACUAAGAUUACUGAAAGAGGGAGUGGAAAACACUCCCAUAAAGGAUGUUGAUCUUGGUGAAUCCAAGGUGUGACUUGGUCUAUUUUCAGAAGUGUAGAGAUUUCUGAUCGAUUUAUUCUUGCUGGCACCUUGGGUGCAUAUUCAGUAUCCGUUGUUUAGUUUAGAUAAGACUGGUUGCAUACCUGCGAGGUGUUCUUCAUUGUUGUUAUUAUUAUAAUUAUAAUUAUUAUUAUAAUUCUAGACUUUCCCCUUCACGCAUGAAGGCGUUGGAAAUGAACGAGACAUAGCGUGUAAAAUCUUCAUAGUUUUAGUUUGAAGUUAUAUUUUUAUUUCAGCCAUAUCUCAA